GAACAUAUAUUAUCUAUGCAUGUAUCUCCUUCUCACAUAACCCUAACAUUUCUGAAGCGUGAACCGUGCCACCGUCGGUGGAGCUCGACAGCAGCACACGUAUCAGUUCCCGGGUGAGACAGGCGAGGCGGCGGCGAUCAAGUGUUGAAGAAGAGAAUCGGGUACCUCCAACGAGGUGAUAGUGGAGAGUGAUGGCCGGAAGUUCUUCUUCAAUUGACAUGCCUGAAUUUCCAUCAAAUUUUAAUGUUCUUGCCAUUGAUACUGACCUUAGAGUUCUUGAAUUCAUCGACAAAUCAUGCAACGAUAAUUCUCAUAAAGUUAAGAUAUGCUCUGAAUCUUCAAGUGCGGUCGACUUUUUGUUGGAAAAAGAAAUAGACUUUCAUUUGAUUAUCAUGGAACUCCAUAUGCCAAUGAUGGAUGGCUAUGAAUUUCUGCAUUUUCUCGAUAAAGAAGUAAUUGAUGUUCCUUUCAUCAUGAUGUCUGAGGAUCGUACUCCACUUUCCCAAGAGAAGGCUUUUAAUCUUGGAGCUUGUGAUUAUUGGGUUAAACCCAUAUUUGAGUAUGGGUUUUUGUUCGAGAAUAAGCAUUUGUGGUCACCUAUGUUCCGACAUCAUUUCCACUGCAGGCGCAUAAGGAAAAAUAUUGAUAGCUUGGAAGAUGAUGAAAUAAGUGAGACAAGUUAUAGUUCUGAAUUCUCUUCUGAUGGAGAAGUCGAAGCCGAUGAUGAUAGUCCCCAUAAGAAAGAAUAGCCUAGUCAAGUCAAAAAGCUGUCACAGCUGUGAAGAAUAUAAAAUUACUAUUACUAUUAAAAUAGUUCAUUUCCUUCAUUAAUUCAUUGCUAUUCUUAGUGUGAA